GGGGAACAAGCAGGAGCUAUCCCUAACAAUUGACAACAAAUACAGGCGAUAUCCAAUGACUCGUGUGGCUCGUGGGUGGGGCUGUUCUUGCGUGUGGUUGGUGCGCGAGUUGCUGCGCAGCAGGCCGCUGGGGUCGCGGUGAUUGGUGGCUCGAGGAUGCGCCAAUAGAGAGGUGCAUGGCUGACGCCAUCACCUGCGCCAACGGCUGGUGCGCGUCUUGCGGGAAAAGCGGCCGAUGUCCGAGGAGGCGGCGUUUUCUGCUGGAGAGGGCUUCAAAACCCCAGGUUCUGCACUGGGCCUCCCUCACACCACCGCCGUCGUCCAUUGCCCAUCACUCACGACACAACCUAUCCACGGCUCCAUCAAAAUGCAGGCACCGCCAACUCCGCAGACGAGACCACCCUGGUGGAUUGAUCCAGAUCGGGUGGUCGACAUUUCUCCCGAACCCUUCGCUGUCGGUGGUUUUGGCGAAAUUCAUACCGCCGAUUACAAUGGUUUCAAAGUCGCUGUGAAGAAGAUACAUGGCGUCACCACCACCGAGAAGGUCACAACCCUCCGCAAAGAGAUCGAUCUCUGGUGGAAUUGUCGCGAUCUGGGCAUCCUCACCCUCGUGGGUGCUUACAUCCAAGAUGGUGGAGGAGUCAUGGUUUCCGAGUUCAUGAAAAACGGCUCACUCGACAAGUACCUCCGCCAACACCAAACGUCCAUCGAGGAGAAACUUCGCUGGAUGUUCCAAGUGGCAUGUGAGAUGCAGUAUCUGCAUUCGAAAGAUAUGGUGCAUGGGGAUCUGAAGCCAUCCAACGUCCUGCUGAAUUCCGACUUCAACGCUGUGAUGUCGGAUUUUAGUACCGCAAGGUACAAGAGAGAAACCACACCCACCGAAGCCACCAAGACCAUUGGAGCUCCCUUGAGCGGCACUUAUGCCUUUAUCGCUCCGGAAAUUAGCAAGGAUAAUUUCCAGGGGGGCUACACAAAGUCUUCCGAUGUCUUCGCCUAUGGUGUAAUGCUCUACGUCGUCCUCAAGAACUGUGGUCCAUUAUGGCUCGCGAGUGAUAACAGACCCAUGAGCGCACACAGAAUGUUAACACUCAUUGAAGACAACAAACGUCCUGAUCGGUUUGAGGGUAUUCCUCAUGACAUAUGGGCAUUGAUCGAGCACUGCUGGCAUCAAGAACCACAGCAUCGCCCGACUUUCGUCCAGAUCGUGCCUCGACUCGAGCAUUAUCGACGUCUUACAAAUAUUCCUACCAAACCCACACCUCCUCCGGUAUCGAUUCCGGCUACCAUGAAGCGACCACUCGAGGUGUCGACCCAGACGAAUGACGAGCACAGGCCAACCAAGAUCGUCUGUAUCGACCUCGACGCCGAUGAUGAUACCCAGAACCCAACCGUCCCAACCCCUGCCCCGGCACCUACGAUCUCGGACGACAACCCUCCUGAGUAUACGGAAAAUGAAGCGUCCGUCGCACCGGUCGUCGUCGAGCAACCCGAUAUCACCAACAUCCCAGAAGCUUUCAAAAGGGCUUGGGAUCUGCUCGUACUCGAAGAAUACCGAGACGCAGUUACGAACUGGCAAACCGUCUACGACAGCUCGUCCGAUCCUGUCAUGAAGCCCAUCGCCACGCUCAUGAUGGGGUGGUGCUACUACCACGGAUUCGGAGUCGCCAUGGACAUCCCGAGAGGAUACAAUCUGAUGCUCGAAUCGAUAACCGAUGACUUCAACUUGGGCGUCGGAUUGAUCGAUCUUAGUAUCCGGGUAGAAUCGAUGACAGAAGCCGCAAAGGAGUUCUUCAGACUCUGCGAUACAACAUCCUCUCUCAACUGGGUUUGCAAGCACUUGGCGACGAUAUGUCGAUUUCACCGAUUUGGCGCUCGCUUGAACCAAACCAAGAUAUUCGAAGAUUUCCAAGAUUUGGCCGAGAAAGGACACGCGAUCAGCCAGCAAAUUUUCGGCGAUUUCUAUCAAUACGACCAAGGCUUCAAGAAGAACCUCAAAAAGGCAGUCGAGUGGUAUACCAAGGCCGCCAAUCAGGGAUAUACCUGGGGUCAAUACAACCUCGGCGUUUGCUACGACGACGGCAAAGGUGUCACCCAGGACUACACCAAGGCUGUCGAGUGGUACACCAAGUCCGCUGAACAGGGAAAUGCAGAUGCUCAGAACAACCUCGGCGAUUGCUACUACGACGGUAAUGGUGUCGCCCAGGACUACACCAAGGCAGUCGAGUGGUUCACCAAGUCCGCUGAACAGGGAAAUGCAUAUGCUCAGAACAACCUCGGUAACUGCUACUACAACGGAGAUGGUGUCGCCCAGGACUACACCAAGGCAGUCGAGUGGUAUACCAAGGCCGCUGAACAGGGAAAUGCAGAUGCUCAGAACAACCUCGGUAACUGCUACUACAACGGAGAUGGUGUCGCCCAGGACUACACCAAGGCUGUCGAGUGGUACACCAAGUCCGCUGAGCAGGGAAAUGCAUAUGCUCAGAACGACCUCGGCGAUUGCUACUACGACGGAAAUGGUGUCGCCCAGGACUACACCAAGGCAGUUGAGUGGUUCACCAAGGCCGCCAAUCAGGGAAAUGCAGCGGCUCAGAAUAGCCUCGGUGUCCACUACGCCGUCGGCAAAGGUGUCAAGAAGGACCUCAAAAAGGCAGUCGAGUGGUAUACCAAGGCCGCUGAGCAGGGAAAUGCAGAUGCUCAGAACGACCUCGGCGAUUGCUACUACGACGGAAAUGGUGUCGCCCAGGACUACACCAAGGCAGUUGAGUGGUUCACCAAGGCCGCCAAUCAGGGAAAUGCAGCGGCUCAGAAUAGCCUCGGCGAUUGCUACUACGGCGGCCAAGGUGUCGACCAAGAUUAUGCCAAGGCAGUCGAGUGGUUCACCAAGGCCGCCAAUCAGGGGAAUGCAUGGGGUCAGAACAAUAUCGGCAACUGCUACCGUAAUGGCAAAGGUGUCGCCCAGGACUACGUCAAGGCAAUCGAGUGGUAUACCAAGGCCGCCAAUCAGGGGAAUGUAUGGGGUCAGAACAAUAUCGGCAACUGCUACCGUGAUGGCAAAGGUGUCUCCAAAGACAUCGAGACUGCCCGAUCCUGGUACCAGAAGGCAGCGGACCAAGGUCACGAAAGAGCGAAAACCGCACUCGAGCGCCUCGCCAAAUCCAAAUAAUCCACUCCCAUCAUGAUGUACCACACUCUUGUGAAUUAUCAAUAAAGAUAUUUUACCAUACCAUGGCAUAGCACCG